CAAAGUGGUAUUUUCCUUUUAACGAUGCAAAAAUAGAAGCUCCUUUCUCCACUUUGCUGAAUGAAAGCGCGCGCCGUGCGUCACUCGUCAAGGUCUCAGCCGCGCCGGCAGCAGAAGCAGAAGCAGCAGCAGCAGCAGCAGCGGCAUUUGAAGCCCCAGCGGCCGCGGCAGCAGCACCACCGACAGACACCUCCGUGGUGUCCGCAACACAAAACGCGGUGCAACUUUCGGCGAGAGUGAUCGGAGACCGUUUCGUGGCUACUGUGCACCCUUCGAGGACUGAACCCUUUUCUCGAAGGGAUCUGAAGCAAGAAAUGUCGGCUACGAUGAACCCCUCGGCCCCCGUUGCCUCUCGUAACAACUCGCUGAACUUUGCCUGCGAACGCUGCGAAGCCAAUGCCUCGUACUUCGCCAACGACACCAUCGAGGAGGAGGACCUGGACGUGAACACGGAUAUUUACUCUAAAGUCUUGGUCACCGUGAUUUAUAUUUCAUUGUUUUGUGUUGGCUCUUUGGGGAAUUCUGUUACGCUCUAUAUCUUAAUAACAAAAAAGACACUGCAGAACUUGCAGAGCACCGUACACUACCACCUGGGAAGCCUGGCAAUCUCCGAUCUCCUCAUACUGGUGCUGUGCAUGCCCAUUGAACUGUACAAUUUCAUCUGGGUACACCACCCCUGGGCAUUUGGGGACGCGGUGUGCAGAGGCUAUUACUUCUUGAGAGACGCGUGCUCUUAUGCCACCGCACUGAACGUCGCCAGUCUCAGCGUGGAGAGGUACAUGGCGAUAUGCCACCCUUUUAAAGCGAAGAGCAUCAUGUCCCGGAGCAGAACCAAGAAACUGAUCAGCGCGAUCUGGGUAGCGUCUCUUCUCCUAGCUACCCCCAUGCCUUUCAUAAUGGGACAGUAUUACGCCGGAGAAGUUAAACUCUGCACCACCAUAGUGCCCAAAUCCACGGUCAAAACCAUAAUGCAGGUCAAUGUAUUCCUGUCGUUUAUCGUCCCAAUGGUCAUCAUUUCAAUAUUGAAUUCCAUCAUUGCCAAUCAGCUACUACAGAUGUUUAAGCAGGCCUCCCAAGACAACAGAGUGUGUAUCAUCGGCGGCCAUUCAACUGUGCUCAGUGCCUCAGUGGAGCCCAGUCGUGUGCAGUCCUUAAGACACGGGGUCAACAUCCUGCGAGCUGUGGUGGUUGCCUUCGUGGUCUGCUGGCUUCCCUAUCACAUUCGACGCCUCAUGUACUGCUAUGUGAACCACUGGCCGACAUUCCUGUACGAUUUCUACCACUACUUCUACAUGGUGACCAAUGUGCUUUUCUACGUCAGCUCAGUCAUCAAUCCCGUCCUGUACAACUUGGUAUCAACAAACUACCGACAGAUCUUUGUGCUCACGCUGAGUUAUUUUUUCAUGCCGUGGAGAAAAAAAAGGAAGAGAGCCAUCAUUGCCAGACAUUCAAAUAGCAUAUCAAGCAACCACACCUUCUCUACCAAUGCCACAAAGGAAACUGUCUAUUAGGCCCUCUUUAGCCUGAAGAUUUUCCUGAACAUUGGAGUUUCUGUUUCAUGUGUUCCUGUUGAGAUCUGAAACCUACCGUAUUUACUCGUGUACCACGCGCCCUCGUGUAUGACGCGCACCCUAAUUUUUACAAAGAAAAGUAUGAAAAAAAUUUGCCCCGUGUACGACGCAUGUUGUGAUUGUAUAGGAAGAGUUUAGGGCAUGUUUUCCGCGAAAUGCCCUUCUGUUUUUGUUGCAUGACGAAAGAGCAAGUGAGAGAGUGAGAGAGAGAGCACACGCGAGCGAGAGAGCGAGAGAGUGAGCGCGCAUGAGUGAACGAGCAAGAGAGAGAGAGAGAGAGAGAGAGAGAGAGCACGCGUGAGCGAACGAGAGAGUGAGCGAGCAAGAGAGCCCAAGCAGAAGAAGUAAACAAUACAGAAAAAAAUUUCCUCGUGUAUGACGCGCACCUGAUUUUCUAAUGCUAAUUUUCGGGGAAAAAUGUGCGCAUGGUACACGGGU